AUGCCUCGUGUCAGCCAGCUGCCUGAAGAGGUACUCGCCAACUUGCGAGAGGACUAUCUUCUUUCGUAUAUGGAAGAAUUCGACAAGGCAGAUCUAGAAGCCAUCUUCGAGAAAACUUACACAGAAGAAGAAUUCGUCAAAGAGGCAGAAGAGAAUCCUUACUAUCUCUUUGCCAAUGAAGCUGCUGCUGCUCACAAUGAGAUGGUUGAGAAUCUUGAUGCUCUAGGUGGAGUGAAUACCAAUCAGAAUCAGAAUCAGAAAGAAGAACUUACCCAACUUAAGAAAGAACUGAAAGAGGCUUAUCGCGAGGCCAAGCAAAAUGCCGACAAUAUUGUUGAACUGCAAGAAGAACAUAACUAG